AUGCCACCUUUGAGCAGCAUCUGCAGACCGGUGGACAUCAAACUACCGCGAGAGCUUUCUGAAAGUAUACGAAGCUUUCUGUUAUCGCAUCGCUCUCGCGGUAUUUUGAUGAUCUGUCUGCGCAUUAAGUAUCCACGUGAAGUCGCCAAAAACAGUUUACAGGCAUUUUAUCCACCUGAAGUCUAUAUAUUCCCCCCGAGGUGUUGUGUCUCAAUAAAAUAACGAACGACAUGAAUUUAAGGGAUUACAGAGAUACUGUAUAAGAAUAUACUCUCACUGUUUCUUCUAAUGUGCACACUUAGGAAAUAACAGCCCCAAAAGGACGUUGUUUUGGGAAACCUUUUGACGAGUUUACCUGCGUUUACGUGGAAAAAAUAGCCUCAGGAAACAUCGCUUCUCUCCUCCGUGCAUGCGUGUGGACGUACUGGGCUGAACCUUCAUCAUGCCGGGCCUAAUCAACAAGAGCAAGAGGAGCUGUCUGCCGCUCAGUGUCUCUGAAAUCACUUCCUGUGUCAGAGGUUACACCCUAGCAAUGACAGCCUCUCUGACAUAUGAAAACAUUGAGGAUCACCCUGUUGAGGGAGUCUUUAUAUACCCCCUGGAAGAGUGCAGCGUGGUGGUCGGUUUCGAGGCAAUGAUUGGCAGCCAAAUAAUAAGCGUCCAGGUCAAAGACAAAACCAAAAUCGAUGACUGUUAUUUUGAUUGCUGUCAUGUCGAUGAAUUCUCGCAGAGCAGAGGCGGUCAUGUAGUUUUGGAUGAGGAUCAGGAGAGGACAGUACUGGUGGUCAAUUUAGGGGUCAUUCCACCUUUGGAGACUAUACAUAUACUAGUCAGCACCUCCUCAGAGCUGUGUACACUUCCAAAUGGUGGGAUUCUGGUAACGUCACCACCCGUAUGUUCUCCACGGGUCCAACGGUCUGUCAAAGAAGAGCAGGCAUUUUCCCCCAGCACUGUUAGGAGGAGGGAUAAACAUCAUUGUUCACCUGGAACCCAUGAGCAGACCACCUUGGGUGUGUUGCUGUCUUCUCUGUUGGAGGAGGAGACCAUCAACUCCAUCGACUAUGCAUUUAACUUCCAGCUGGAGAUCAGAGGACCGUAUCUCCUGGCAGGUGUGGAGAGUCCCUCCCAUGCCAUCCGGGCAGAUGCGGACCCAUCGGCCCAUUCCGCAACCAGCAUUGUGGUCACACUGGCGGACAAAUAUACUUACGACUGCCCCGUGGAGAUACUCAUCUACCCCAGUGAGCCUCAUCUACCUCACAUUCUCAUCGAAGAUGGAGACAUGACACCGGAGGAAUACGACGAGCAUCUGAAGGGAAGGAGCGACUACAUUAAAGCCACGAAGAAGGACUGCAGUAAUGAGAAAAUAGUGGAUAUCAUACGGAAACGACUCCAUAAGGACAUUCUCCACAACCCUGUGGUCAUGCUGAACUUCUGCCCUUACCUGUGCCCCACGACCUCUGACCUAAGGAGAGUCCAGGGGGAGUUCAUCUUUCUCAUUGACCGCAGUGGCAGCAUGAGCGGGGUCAACAUCAGUCGAGUAAAGGAUGCAAUGGUUGUGAUUCUAAAAAGUAUUUUCCCAGCAUGCCUAUUCAAUAUCGUGGGCUUUGGGUCCAAGUUCAAAACUCUGUUUGCCACCAGUCAGAGUUACGAUGAGGAGACUUUAGCUUUGGCCUGUGAACAUGUGAAGAAGAUACGUGCUGACAUGGGCGGCACAAACCUACUGGCUCCGCUCAACUGGAUCCUGCGGCAACCCAUCCAGAAGGGUCACCCUCGCCUGCUGUUCCUGCUGACGGACGGAGCCAUCGGUAACACCGGGAAGGUCAUCGAGUUGCUCCGUAGCCAUGCCCGUUUCACCAGGUGUUACACAUUUGGCAUCGGUCAGGGCGCAUGCAGAAGGCUGGUGUUAGGACUGUCUACUGUUUCCAGAGGAACUGCUGAGUUCCUGGCAGAAGGGGAAAGACUGCAGCCCAAGAUGAUAAAGUCUCUGAAGAAAACCAUGACAUCAGUAUUGACUGAUAUUUCUAUCGAGUGGCUGUAUCCAGAGACAAAGGAAAUUUUGCUUUCACCAGUGGGGGCGACGUGUCUGUUUCCCGGUGACCGCUUGAUUGGAUACAGCGUGGUCUGUGAUACCUCCAAAUAUCACACCAACCCCAAAUCUGACAAGCGAAGGCGAUACAGCAUGAUGCAUUCCAAUGAGUCGACCAGUUCUGUGUUCUACCACUCUCAAGAAGAGGAUGCUGGAAAGGUUUCGUCUGAAAGUCAGGGGUCACACCGAGAGAACCAGGUCGCCUCACUGUUUGACAGUUUCCAUGAUACCAUGUCUGAGAGCAGCCCGGUCGCCACGGAGCAAGACGGCAUGGGAAGUGACAUGGCCACCUCCCCGAGAAGACGUGCAUACAGCACCAAUCAGAUUGUAAAUUACAACCCCGCAAAGAAGGUGUACACUCCCAGCGACCCCAGCUCGGCGGUGGGCAAGAAUCCUCUUAGAAGAGCGAAGGUCCAGGAGCUCAUCGCUCAGACUGAUCAAUGGAAAAUAGACUACCAGCCUCAGUUGGCCAGCCUGUGUGCAACAUCCUCAAGAGCCCGACCUGUACCUUGUCACAAACUUCCACAACAGGAGGGGCUCCCGGGAGAAUCCAAGACAGAUCAGGUCCCGUCUGGCCCCUCUGCGCAGGGGCCAACCCUGCAUAAUGCUGUGGAGGACGGAUCCAGAUCUUCAACAGACAGUCCAUCUCUAGGCAGCAUUGGUGAUGCAGAGGACUACACGCAUCAGCUUUGCGAAGUCGAAACGCCGCAGGAUCCUCAAGCUCCAGAAUUUAAAGCUGCUCGAGGGAAGGGAGACUGCAAAGCAGUCGUGUCAGGACUGCUGUGUGGAAAACCUGUGAAAUGGGAGGUGACCUUUGACAUUCAGCCGUACCUCAAAGGCCGAGAACGUGAGGAGAAGGUUCACGAAGACCUGUGGAACGAAACCUUCCAUCAUCUGGCAGGACGUUCUAUUAUUCAAGACUUUGAACACAUGGCGGAUAAAGAAUGUGAGAUUGAGCAUGGUUCUGGCAGAAGGUACCAGCUUUAUGCCAUUCACACUAGUAAAGCCUGCAACAUCUUGAGCAAAUACACAGCGUUUGUACCCAUCGAUCUUGACAGCAAUGAAUAUUUACCCACCGGUGUCGACUACAGCCACCAUGGGGAGGAUCAUAAACGCAGGUCACAUUGCAGUUCUUGCUGUGGGAGCAGGAAGAACCGUGGUUACUCUGUGGGUCUGGGUCGAUCACAGUCGGGCGGUUUACCCAAGCAAGAGGCUGUAGCAUUACCCUGCAGUUUGGAGGAUGGAGCUCAUUACCCUAGCAAAACCUCCAGUGGAGACCAAUGUAGCGUCACUGAAGCCUCUCAACGGACUACAUCGGUGACCUCUGACACCUCGCAGAGAUCCACGGAGAGUCUUUUCUCAGCCAGUAAGCUGAGUCUGACCAGGACGCGACUCCUGACCAAAGCUGCCAGAGGCUUCAUGAGCCGAUCCCAGAUCAAAACCAUGGGAGAAAGCGAAAAUGACAACAGGGACUACAUCCCUCUGGUUACGUUGCAGAUGUCCUGUGGUGCGUUUAUGCUAGACGAUGCCUUGUGUGAAGCCAUCAACGUGCCCAUGGACAAGCUUAAGUGGACAUCUCCAUUCGCCAGCCACAGAAUUAGCCUGACCCACCCCUCUCACUCCAGCUCACGGCGCUCCGAGAGCCUGGAAGUCCACAGAGGCUCCUCUCCCCCGCCAAAAGACUCAGACUUUAACUCCGAAUGCGAGGAGCCUCUUUCACGCACGUCUUCAUCCUCAUUCCAGUCUCGAAGCACUCGCACGGAGAGUUGUGGGUCACCGCUGCUAGGUGGUUUUUCUUCAACCGAAGCCUCGUUGUCGCCCAUUAACUCUUUUUAUGAUAGUGGCCGAGGGUCUGAGUCAGAAAUCUUAGAGCUGCCCCUGUCUGGUUCCCCGGGGGGCCUGCAAAGGAGCAUGCAAGAUCCCGAAGGGAUGGUGUGGGCCACUGCAGUAGCUCUGGCCUGGCUGGAGCACAGUUCAGCAAGUUACUUUAUUGAAUGGGAGCUUAUCGCUGCUAAGGCCAGCAUGUGGUUGGAUGAACAGAUCAUCCCAGAGGGCCGAGACCUGGCAUCGGUUAAAGCUGGAGCCAAUCAGCUGUUCAUUAUUCUCAGACACUGGGACGAGAACCUGCAACUUAACAUGCUCUGUUAUAACCCGAACAGUGUGUAAGCUCUGGGUUGACAGCUUCCUUCAAACUAUGCUAAAAAAAAUCUGUUUUAUUCACUUAAGUUUAUGUAUAUUUUCUGUGCCUUAAUUUAGUUUGUGUAAACUGCACCUUGUCAUCUACAUGUACAGUAAGAAGCAUUGCGAAAGUAUGCAAAUGCGGAUACAAAUUGCAACUGUGCUGUCGAAAAUGUUUAACGUACGUUCUUGCAUAAAGUGGAUGUAACACCCUUCGGUACUUACCAAAGGAGAUCGAGUUACCUUCAGAUGUCUUUGCAAUGAAUUAUAUUGCUGUUUUAGUUCAAAUGAAUGAAAUGUACAGAAAAAAAUAGUAUAGUGGAGAUGCUAUAGCACCACUUGUGGCAACGGUCAGAAUGCCACGCUAUUAAACUAAAAGUGUUAUGCUGUGUUCACACCAAACGCGAAUUGAAUUAUUUGCGCAAUUAAAUUACAUAAAAAGUCAAUGCAGAGAUACCAAUAGUUGCAAACUCGAGCCCGGGGAAGUGAAAGAACAGCAUUGGGCGUGAAUGCCAUGAAUGCUCUUCAAACACUUCUUUCGCUCAAGUUGAAAAAUUUCAACGAGUGAGAAAUUAUCGCGGAGAGCUCAUUUGUUUUACACAUCCGGACGCAUGAAGUUUCGUAAGUUUAUUUAUUUUUUAUUUAGCCUUGUUGUGCAAGCACUGUUGAGCUUGUGCAGAGGCAGCAGCUUAGGGUGCCAGAGGGUAACUGGAAUCCCCUGGUUAGGCCUGCGUUCUCCUGAGGUUUUUUUUUCUCGAUUGGAGUUUUGGGUUCCUCGCCACCGUUUGCAUAUUGUUUCACUGUGCGUGUGUGCGAGUGUGUUGGUGUGUGUGCGUCUACGUCAAUGUGUGUAAGUAUGUAUGCAUAUUGUGUGUGUGGAGCAUUUGUAUGGCUGUCUUUUGUUGUUUUCACCUUUUUCUUGUUUUUACAGGUAUAUGCCUUUAGUUGUUUUUCUUGUAUUCAAUGUGUCUCAUGUACAGCUGGUUUGUAACAAUGAAAAUUGUAAAAUGCGCUAUAUAAAUUAAGUUGAGUUGAGAAUGCGAUGCUUCGCGUUUGGUGUGAACACAGCAUUAUUGUUUAUGUUUUUGAGUAGAGAUCGUACUGACCUAGCACCCAGAAAAUUGCAUGUCUUUGCUAUUUUUGUCUCUCAAAUAGAAAGAUUGUUCGUAUUGUCUCCAAAAAUAUAUAUUUUUGUGCAUAUCAUUUAGGAAACUGUCUUGUUGCUGCUUUGUAAGAUUUUGUACCAAAACAAAAACAAAUGAAGCCUUAGUAGGUGUUGUUCUUUAAUUGAAGACGUGGUUGACUUCUAUAUGUGUAUGUGGCAUUUGGCAGCUCAGGCUUUUUAAGCUAUCAGAAGAUCCAGUAACUUGAUUUACCAUCAUUAUAAGACACGUGUAACAUUGUAACCGUCAUGCAAUGUACAUUUGUUUGCCUUUACGCUCAUAAAAAGAUGUCGAAUCGUCACUGGAAUGAAACUUUCCUUUGAUGCAAACACUGAUGUCCAGCAUUAAGUGCCUAACUUUACGGAAAUCUCUGGACUGUUGAAAAGAACGUUAUACUGGUACUGCAGUUUGUAACUGACUCGUUCGUUAUUUUUGCUUAUUCUAUUUAUUGCCGUGUAUGUAUUAUUACAGUACUUACUUGAUGUCAAUUUGUUCAAUGCACAUAAAUAUAUAAAAAUUAAGAAAUCGGUAGCUAUAAAUAUAUCUAAUACAUCCGUUUAAAAAAGUAACAUGAAAGAGACCACAGAUAUUUCUUAUUAUCCCACACAUAUUAUUAUUGUAUAUUUUAUUUCUCAGGUAUUGCUAUUGAGAACAUUGACUUUUGGAGUAACUGUUGCAUGAGCAAAUGCUUUGUGGAAAGACUAAUUUCUCUGAUUUCAUUUUGAGGUUUUCUUCUUAAUAAACCUCUCACAUUUGCUUGUGAAGGUGGCAGCUUUUCAUUGUGUUUCGUUUUGAGAUCAAUUGUACUGUGUACUUAAGUGUCAAACC